AUGGCGCACAAGACCAGCCCUUUCGAGGCCAUGCCUCUUGAGCUCCUUGUCAACGUCCUCAGCAACAUGUCUACGCCAGAAGAUGUUCUGGCAACCAUCAAAGCCAGUCCAGCCGCUUUGAGAGCAUUCAUGACUGGACCAGAGCGAAUCUACGCGGCCGCACUUGAGGCCUGCCUUGCUCCUGAAAUCUUUCGCGAGCUACUUGCGAUUGUGAAUGCGCCAGAUCACAACAACUGCCCAAAUGUAGCAGCUCCUCAGCCAGCCGAUGAAUGGGAGGAAGCUCGCGAUUCAGUCGUGGACGAGUGGAAUGCCUGGGCGCAGAAUGCAUAUGACUUCCUAAAGAGCCACGCCCGCGGCGCCGUCUACCCGAUUCCAGACCCCACCAUGAACGUCACGAAGUUCAACGGCCUGAUCAGGUUCAUGGUCCAACUUUACUUCUGUGUCUCCAAAUUCGUCAAUUUCUACCCGACCUUCGCCCGAAGCAACGCCGCAGGCACCCGGCUCGUUUUCCCACCCACAAACGGAACGGGCCAGCUGGUCCAGGAAGGUCGAGAAUGGCCACCGCUUACCUUCACAGAGCGGCUACGUCUUCAGCGAGGGCUCCUGCGCUACGAGAUGUUCUGUCGUCUGAUUGGACUGCCUUCAGUUGCUGCCAGUUGCAACCCUGAUGUCUGUGACGCGGCAAUCACCAAUCCAUCCGGCUCAGCCAUUUCCAAAAUUUGGGUGCUGAAUCCAUUUUCCGAAAUACUGCCCAUGGACGAGGUCGAGGAGAUAGUUUGCGCCUCUAUCUAUGUCAGGGACCUCUAUGACAGUCUUCGCUGGAACUCAUUUGAGGAAUUUCACAAUCAUGUCCUGGGCGUGAACCAGGGCCGUGGCGACGGCGUGCGUGAGCAGAACGGCAGUGAUGCGAGAAUGACCGCUGAAUAUUGGCUAUCACGGAAGGGGAGUAAAAUACUUGGCUUCGGCUCCUUGGAUCCGGGCCGGAUUUUCGAUUGGAGAGAAAGCAUGAUUCGACUGGGCUUGGUCUUUCUUGACAGACUGACCAGAUCCGGCCUCGCAGAACGCAGGGAACUCAUGCGAACUGCGUUCAACAAGCUCCUGAGGCCAGGUAAUUCCAGUUUACUGUCGCUAAACUGGGGUGACAUCGCGUACAAGCGAGCUAUGUGGCUCAACAAAGCAGAGAACAGAGGCCUCAGCCCAUCCCGGCUCAAGCCAAAGAUACCCGACUCAGUACUGGCGGCACGCUUCACAGAGCAGGAGUUGAAAGAGCUGGUCAUGGACAAGUAUUCGCCCAAGGAUCGCCGCGGCGAUUAUCAAGCAAUGUCGCAGUUUGUCGCAGGUGCCAGAGCCGUGGUGGACUUUACUUCAACCCAGCUCCCACUAAUUGACUAG